AUGUCAAACGCGCCCGCACAACCCAUGACGGUGCCUUCGGGCGCGCAAACCGCCACCGUAGCCGCCGGCUGCUUCUGGGGCGUCGAACACAUGUUUCGUCGCGAGUACAAGGGCAAGGGCCUUUAUGAUGCGCGCGUGGGGUAUAUUGGUGGUGAUACGGAGAACCCGGGGUAUAGGGCCGUGUGCAGUGGACGGACGGGUCAUGCCGAGGCGCUGCAAGUAGUUUACGACCCCGAGAAAGUCACGUAUCGCAACUUGUUGGAGUUCUUUUACAAGAUGCAUGAUCCUACGACUGCAAAUCGCCAGGGCCCGGAUGUUGGCACACAAUACCGAUCGGCCAUUUUUUACCACGAUGCCGAGCAGGAGAAGAUUGCGAGAGAUGUUACGGACAAAGUUAACAAGCAGUGGUGGAAGGGCGAUGUGGCGACGGAGAUCCUGCCUGCAGGCAAGUGGUGGGACGCGGAACAAUACCAUCAAUUGUACUUGGACCAUAACCCAGGCGGUUAUGAGUGCCCGAGCCACUUUUUGAGGAAGUUCCCACCGCUACAGGAUUAG